AUAUGGGUCGACCGCAGCAAAGGAGUACUGUACACCGGCUUUGCUGGAAGCACGCCACGCUUUGGGGACCAAGCAUUUUCACCCCAAGGACUGUGGUCUUUCACGCCGGGAGAGUCGGCCGGUGGCUCCUGGAAGAGCCUCAACGGAAGCGCUCAUGAAUGGUUCACGAGUCAGCCGAGGCCUUCCAAGGCCCUCGUUGUCAGCGGGCAUGGCUAUGGUUUUCUUUUGGUUGGUUCGAUGCCUCGGCAGUCAGCGUUGACACAGUGGCUGACAAACAUUGUAGGAAAUGAUGUAGCGGCCCAACGCCCCAGCAGUUUCAAUACAUACGAUAUCUCGGACAGUCAGAUGCUCGAUGCGAGCGGCAUCGAACCUCGAGGAGGAAUCCCGUUUUUUGCCGGGAUGGUGUACGUCCCCAAUUGGGGAGACCGGGGGAUUUUGAUUGCUGUCGGAGGAUCUCAGAACCAGGCAUUGGACAACCGCAAUAGUUCAUUCGAAACUGUUCAUGUCUACGAUGUCGAGGCCCAAAGGUGGUACCACCAGAAGACGACCGGGGACAUCCCCCAAUACAGAACCGACUUUUGCAUUGCCGGGGCCGUAUCGAGCAACCGGACGCACGAAAUUCUGGUCUACGGCGGCUGGGACGGCCAGCUCGGCGCGGGCGCAACGCCCUAUGACAGCGCCUAUGUCUUGACCCUCCCGGCGUUCCACUGGGCCAAGGCGGACUACCCAGCAGCCCACCCCCGCCACGGACUGAGCUGUAACGCGGUUGGGGGCAGCCAGAUUCUGACCAUCGGCGGCGUCGACACCGCGCAUGAAGCCGGCAACGACUCGUACAGGGCCGGCUUCCAGACGCGCGAUCCUUUUUCCAAGGGACUGGCCGUCUUUGACUUGAGCACCCUGACAUGGAGUGCGGCGUACCGGGCAAAGCAGUCACCGCAGCCCCCGGCGCCCAGAAUCCAGGAGUACUACAACGCCCAGUGA